GUUUACAUUUACUAUUAAAUUAAUCAUUAACAUGUAAUUCACGACCAAUUAUAUGCUGAAUUAUGUUUCUUCUACAAAUUAAAUACCCAUUUAUAAUUAAUAUUGAGAAUAUUUUGCACUAUUAACCUAACAUUUCUACUUGUCAUAUUCGGUAGAGGCAUUAAAAAAUGUACGUUUAUUUUAUUACAAUUACAAGACAUGAAAAAUUAAUUUAAAAUAUUCCAAAUGAACACCAAAGUGUUUUUGAAGUAGGUAAUGCAAGAAGUAAUAUUAUGUACUCAUAUUUCAAGCUUCAGUGCAAAAACAAUUACUGUACUAAUAAUGAGGUCGAUAUCAUUAGUUAGUCAACUAGAAUUCAGCUUUUCUGGAAACGUUGCUCGCAACGCAUUAACAUUAGGAGACGUUGAUAACGAUGGAGACAUUGAACUGGUUGUUGGCAAUGAAGACGGAGAAAUGGAAGUAUUUAAGUAUAACAAUAAAUGGCAAAAAAUUGGCGACUUCUCUUUCAUAACGUGCAUAGGUAUUGGCGAUAUUUUGAACAUAAAUCAAAACUGUUUAGUUGUUAUUACUGCUGAUGGAUGGUGUCACAUUUAUUAUUGCCCACCGCAAAGUAAAAAACUUGAAAAUAGUGAUAUUGAUAUCACUGAUGGUCAAGUAAUGUCUAGUGGAAGUACUGACAGUGAUAAAAAUAUUCAAACUCCACAAACAGAUAGUCAAAAUUUGAAACUGAAAUGUAUUCAUGUACAGAGAAUACCUCCAAAUACAAUGGAUGUUGUUAUUGGUGAUAUUGAUGGAGAUGGUCUAACAGAAAUUGUUUUUGGGCUUACUGACAGAGUUGUACGUUCCUACAGGUGGCUGGGGAAAGACUAUAAGACUGAUCAUUUUGUUUCUGAAUUAGGAAAUGUUUACAACAACACAGGACUGCUUUCAGGCAAACCUUGCCUGUUAGUGUCCCAACCAGGUGGAACUUUUAUGAGGAUUACUUCUGAAGAUCCCAUCAACUUAUCGCUGACUGAUGAAUUUGAAGAUUUGAACAUUACAAAGACAAGAAGUGAGAAAUCGAUGGAGUCUGCAGUGGACUAUCAAUUUCUUGGGAUCUCACGGAUGAGAAAUCAAAUUGUUCACACAGAAAUACUGGGUGACUUAAAUAACCCAAGGAUUUUGAUUGAUAAGCACCUCCAAGAAACUUCACAUGAUUUAGAUAAUUGUAGUAAAAGUAAACCCUACUCUUUAGCUACACUUGAUGGUACCAUUAUGUUGGUCCAAGAUGAAGUAAUUUUAUGGGCAAUGGCAGUGGACCACCAAAUAUUUGCUCUAGAAAAAAUUGACAUAACUGAAAAGAAUUCAGAUGAUGUAAUUGCAAGCACCUGGGAUGGUUACACAUAUAUUUUGGAUCAAGAUAGAAAUUCUGUAAGAUUCCAAGUGGGAGAAUCAAUUCAAGCAUUCUGUAGUGGCCAUUAUACCCUCACACCUGGGGCAUCACCCUCUACCUGUCUAGUUUAUGUGACUUUUAAAAAUAAAGUGCGUUUAUACUACGACAUACCCCUUUCUGAGAUGGUCACAAAAAAGUUUGAACCCAUCUGUGAUAAUCAAGAAAUUCAGGAAUUACUGAAAGUAUCAGAUCCAGCAUUUAAAAGAAAAUUUGUCGAAUAUGUAAUGUAUAAUCUUAAGGUGUAAUAAGCUUAAACAUUGAUCAAUUUAAUAUGUAAUUAAAAAAUAUUAUCACUACUUGAUUAAAAUAUUUUAUUAGG